AUGGCCGUCGACCGGCGCGUUGACUGCAUCGUCGUCGGCGCCGGCAUCUCGGGCUCGACGCUGGCGCACAACCUGCACCGCGGCGGCGCGGACGUGCUGCUCGCCGAGGCGCGCGACUACGUGGGUGGCAACGUCGUCUCGCACGAGGAGGACGGCUUCGUCUGGGAGGAUGGCCCAAACUCCUUUGCGACGCAGCCGUCGAUCGUCCGCAUCUCGCACGAGCUCGGCAUCGAGAAGGAGCUGGUGUUUGCGGACGAGUCGCUGCCGCCGUGGGUGAACCACGGCGGCAAGCUGCACCCGCUCCCCAAGGGCAAGGGCGGCAAGGGCCCAAAGGGCCAGCUCGAGCUCGUCUUUGGCUCCAACGGCGUCCUCAAGUUUGGGCUCUCUGGCAGCCUGCUGUCGUGGCCCGGUAAGAUUCGCGCGGCGAUCGGGGCGCUGGUUGGGCACGCGCCGCCGCCCGAGGGGAAGGAGGAGACCAUCCGCGAGUGGGUGACGCGCACCCUCGGCGAGGAGGUCUUCCUCCGCUGCAUCGACCCCUUUGUGUCGGGCGUGUACGCGGGCGACCCGAUGACGCUCUCGAUGUCCGCCGCGCUGUCCAAGAUCGCGCGCAUCGAGCGCUAUUCGUACGGGAUCGAGUGGAACAAGCUCGGCGCCAUCUUCUACGGCGGCCUCGCGCGCCAGGUCGAGCUGACGAAGGAGCGCAAGGCGAGCCCGCCCGACCCCGCCAAGGCGGGGGACCCCGGCCUCUCUACGCUGCCGCACGCGAUAGCGGCCGAGCUCGGCCAGCCGCACGGCGCGCCGCCCGACCCGGCCUCGCGCGUGCGGCUGGAGUGGCGCCUCGCCUCGCUGCGGCGCGACGCCGACGGCUACCUCGCCACCUUCGAGACGCCGCACGGUCCGCAGGCCGUCUGCGCGAGGACGGUCGUCUCGACACUCCCGGCGCACGCGCUGCGCGGCGUGAUCGACGAGGUCCUUCCCGGUGCGGCGCCGCUGACAGAGGCGCUGCGCGAGGGCAUCGGGCGCAAGGGGAUCUACUACCCGCCCGUCGCCGCCGUCACGGUCGCCUACCCGAAGAGCGCCUUCCGCGACGUCGAGCUCGACAACGGCUUCGGGCCGCUGCGAGACCUGCCCGGGUUUGGGUCGCUCAACCCGCGCUCUGAGGGCGUGCGCACGCUGGGCACGCUCUGGUCGUCCUCCCUCUUCCCCGGCCGCUGCCCGCCCGAGUACAACUUGCUGCUAAACUACAUCGGCGGCUCGCGCGACGCGCCGAUCGCGGAGCUCAGCGAGGAGGUGACCAUUCCCCACCCCCCCCUCCCCACUCCAGCGUCGGGGUCGCUGGGUCGGCAUCGUGUCCUGCCUCUCGCCCGGUCGGCCGCGUGCAGACGUCGGCGUGUCUGCUGUCUGGAGUGA